AUACCACAUUACCCUAUUCUCAGUCAUUCCGAAUAUUUGAUUUAAAAAAAUUUACAUUUAUUUUUUACUAAACAUUAAAAGAGAUCUGACAUAAUUUAUUACAUGAUUUUAAUGUGAAUUCUUAUGCAAAUAGUAAAAAUUAAUUUCUAACAAAAAUGGGAACUGUUCAUGCGAAGGAAUCAAAUAUGUUUAGAAAUAUAAACGAAUCUUCAAAUAAUGAAAGACAAAAUUUCAAAAAAAAUAAUCCUUCUUCACACAUUCAUGAGAAGAUGAAUUUACUUGAAAAAAGGAAAGAGAAAUCCAUUGAUCUUCAUUCAGUGAAGGCAAGAGUUGAUAGAAUACAUGUAGAUGGACUCAUGAGAACAAAAGAUGACAUAAUAAAAGCCCAAGUAACAGAAUUGUUUAAAGCUGAAGAUUUUUAUGAUAUUAUUUUACGCUCCUAUAAAGUGAGAGAAAAAUUGCAAGGUUUAGGAUGUUUUGGGAAUAUUGGAAUUUACAUUGAUACCAGUCAAGGUCCUCAUGCUACCCCAGAAGGCGUUGAAGUCACUUUUAUGGUACAUGAAAUGAGACGUCUAACAGGUGGAAUUAGCACUAUGGUUGGAAAUAAUGAGGGUUCAGUUAUUAUUCAAGCAAAAGCACCCAAUUUAUUUGGAAGAGGAGAACGUCUUCAGAUGGAAUACUCUUAUGGUUCAAAAAGUUCAACUAAUAUAAGUAUAUCUGCUGUUAAACCAUUUAUAGGCAGUUGGCCUCAUAAAGUAUUAACUGGCAGUGUGUUUAACACAUCAAAUAGGUUUCCAUGGUCUGGUUUUAGUCAAUGUGAUAAAGGUUUAUUAUUAGAUAUUGCUUUUAACACAGAUGGAGCAAGUAUACUGAAGCAUAAUUUACAAUAUGAAGCUACAUAUAGGGAGAUUAUUUCGUCCAAACAAGCGUCGUUUCGCGUUAGGGAACAAUGUGGUCCAAAUUUGAAAUCUGCACUGCGACAUAUUUGUUCCAUCGAUAAAAGAGACUCGUUAAUAUUUCCUACUACGGGAAGUCUCGUACAAUUUUCAACAGAAGUAGCUGGUCUCGGAGGAGAUAUUGGAUUUGUUAAAAAUGAACUUAUCAUGCAAACUAAUUGGACGCCUCAUGAAUAUGCAACCUUUCAGCUGGGUUUUCAAUCUGGAUUGCUUCGAGGAAUCAGCAAUGAUAUGAAAAUAAAUAUCGCCGAUCAAUUUUUCUUGGGUGGACCAUUGAAUCUUAGAGGAUUCGAUAUGAGAGGUUGUGGACCUCGCCACGAUGGAAAUUCAAUUGGAGGCGAUGUAUAUUGGGCACUUGCGCUUCAUUUAUACACACCACUGCCAUUUAGGCCCGGUCGUCACGGUUUCGGUGAUUUGUUCAAGUUACAUGGUUUCAUCAAUGGUGGAAAUGUAUCAAAUUUCACUUUCAAAUUUGCAAAUGAUUAUAAGGAAAAUAUGAAAAUUUUUAAGGAAAAUGUUCGUUGUGCAGUUGGCGGGGGUAUUGCGAUGAAACUUGGAAAUAUAGCGAGAGUAGAAUUAAAUUUAGUUAUGCCUUUGUUAUUUGUCAGAAGCGAUGUAUUGCAACAAUUUCAAUUCGGGCUUGGAUUGCAGUACUUAUAAAUAACUUUUUGGGAUAGUAAAUUGUAUAUUCUAUACUAUUUUUAUGUCAAUCGUACGCAUUUAAUGUAAAAUAAAUUACAAUUAUAAAUUUAUUAUUCUUAUGAAGAAUACAUUCUAAUGCCAUUAGAGAUAAGUAUCAGCAAAAAGCAUUUCAAAUAAGAGCUAAUUCAAACGUAUUUUCGGAAUUUUUUUUACAUCUUAUUAUAUUACAAUUGUUUACAUAAGAUGAGCACAUAUAUUUCCUAGUUUGCAUCAAGUACGAAACCAACUACAAUUUUCUGCGAAAAGUCAGAGAUUGCAUCAAAGUAUGAUGAAUCAGUUUAUUAUGAUGCAUACUUGUUUGAAAUGAAUGAUUACAUAGUAUGGUUUGUCUAUAUUUUUGAAUAUUUAAGUGUAAUCAAUAAUAAAUAAAAUAUAAAUAAAAUGCAUAUGUUAUUUUCCAAUAUCAGAUGUUAUCAAGGACAUAUUUUGCAGAAUUGGAUUUACUUAUAGACUUUUAUCUUUCGUGAAUUGAUAGUCUAAAUGUGAAUCGUUGUGACAGACAGCGCCCCUGUGAUAAAUGAGUUAUAAAUGACCCAUGCAGUAACCAGUUGAAAAUGGCCGCUUAGAAGUUAUAGUUCAAAUGUGUGUUAUAAUAAUGCGUCAUUUUACAAUGGAACCCUCCGGAAUUAUUAAAGAAUUAAAGCGAAAUAUUGUAUCUGAAGUAACGAAGUUUAUCGAAUAUCCAUUGUUAAAGCAUAGAAAGUGUGGUACAGGAAAAAAUCAGUUGUCAUAUUGUGAACAAAAUAUCCUACGUGAUUGUGGUUGUCGCGAUUGUGGAGGCUAUCUUUGUUGUA